UAAGUUAGCGUCAGUGUACAAAGAUUGUCUGAAAAGACUUCGAUCAUGUUCAUUCCGGAUUUUAGAUAUUACCCAUAAUUCGCGCUCAAAUAUUUAAACAAAACAAAAUUGCGGGCAUUGUUACUUUUUCGCUGUCACCGUCUACGUUUACCUUGAUAAGCUCCCUAAAUCAACAUGUCUACCACAAAUGGCUAUGAAGGUUGGUGCUUACAGGAUGACAUCAGUCAGAAUGACCCACAAAUGUAUGAAUUUAUAAAACAGGAGAAACUUCGCCAGAAACAGGGACUUGAGAUGAUUGCAUCUGAGAACUUCACCAGUAAGGCAGUUAUGCAAGCUCUGGGGUCAUGCUUAACUAAUAAAUACUCUGAAGGUUAUCCAGGACAAAGGUACUAUGGUGGUAAUGAAAUCAUUGACCAAGUAGAGAGUUUGUGUCAGAAGCGAGCUUUAGAAGUUUUCAAACUGAACCCUGAGGAAUGGGGUGUCAACGUCCAGCCCUUGUCAGGUUGUCCUGCCAACUUUGCUGUGUACACUGGUGUUGUUGGGCCCCAUGGUCGAAUCAUGGGACUUCAUUUGCCUGAUGGAGGACAUCUAAGCCAUGGUUUCAUGACCAACAAGAGAAAAGUCUCUGCUACAUCGGUGUUCUUUGAGUCCUUCCCUUACAAAGUGAACCCUGUGUCUGGACUCAUUGAUUAUGAUGCACUUGAAACUAAUGCACAUCUCUUCAAUCCAAUGCUUAUUGUUGCUGGUGUAAGCUGUUACUCCCGACAUCUUGAUUAUGCCAGGUUUCGGAAGAUCAGCAAUGCUGUUGAUUGUCUCCUGAUGGCAGAUAUGGCACACAUCAGUGGCUUGGUGGCUGCUGGUGUGGUUCCUAGUCCUUUUGAACAUUGUGAUAUUGUUACUACUACAACACACAAAUCCCUCAGAGGUCCUCGAUCAGGGAUGAUUUUUUACAGAAAAGCAUUGGCUGUUGCACUGAAGCAAGCUAAAACAGAAGAAUUUGUUCAGUACCAAAAGCAAGUUCUGUGUAAUGCUCAUGUAAUGGCAGAAGAAUUUAUAGCACGAGGUUACACUCUGGCCACAGGUGGCACUGAAAACCAUUUAGUUCUUUUGGAUUUACGUCCAGAUCAAUUGGAUGGUGCCUCUGUUGAAAGGAUCCUUGAAGAGAUAAAUAUUGCUGUCAAUAAAAAUACCUGCCCUGGGGACAAGUCUGCCUUGAAACCCAGCGGUAUACGUAUUGGAACCCCUGCCCUAACAUCACGAAUGUUUAAAGAAAACGAUUUCAAACAAGUUGUUGAAUUUAUCCAUCAAGGUAUUCUGCUUUGUAAAGAGAUCUAUUCCAAGUGUGGCUCAAGUUUUUCAGAGUUCAAAGCCUUUUUAGAGAAAGAUGCUGACAUUCAGAAGAAAGUGGCCAAUGUGCGUGAGCAGGUGAAGCAAUUUGCAGAAAAAUUUCCAAUGCCUGGUUUGGAUGACAUGUAAAAAGGUGUACUUGCUUCCUUCUUGUCUUAACAUAAUGUGCAGCAAGUACUAAUGAAGUUUGGCAGAUGGUAAUGGUGUCUUCAUGUAGCUAAUGUUUUACCAUUUGCUGUCAGUUUCAAUCAUGGUUUGGAUUAGUAUAUAUACAAUGUGUUUGCCUUUGAAAUGUUUGUUAACCUAUAAAAUAUGGAAUUUCUUUAUUGUUGUAUCCUGUACAAAGAAGUUCCUGAUUAUAUAUUUUUUUAAUCUUUUUGUUUUGAUUAUAUUUGAAUUAUUAUAAAUCUGAUUAUCUGGACCUAUAUUAACUCCACUCUUUCAAAAUACUCAUAAGUGAAUACAAAAAUAAAUCCAUAAGUAGGGUGAAGCUGUGUGACCCUAGUGAUUAGGGUCCUCUUUUAACACCCACCCUCUUCAAAAUACUCAUAGGUAAAUACAUAAAUAUCUAAUUAAAUAGGGUGAAGUAUCUAAGAAGGUUAUGACAUGUGGCCUAGUGGUUAGGAUGUUAGGCUCAAGAUCACAAGGUUAUAGGUUUACUUCCUGGGUGUGUAGCAUGUUGUGUCCUUGAGCAAGAUUCUUCAUUUCAUGCUGUUUCUCUCAGUUGCAAUAUGCACCAGCCAAAUCCUGGUGUGGCCCUCUAUCUCUCUCUCUCUCUGGCUUUUACGUCCUUGAUGUUCCACUAGUUCUAGGGUGGGAGGCCCAGGAGUGUGUCAGUGUCUGCUCAUAGACUACAUUCAUAAGCAACUAAAAUGAUUGGAGCAACCAUGAGACAUGCAACCAAGUCAUGUUUGCUCACAAAUGACAACCAUGGGUUUUUUUUUUAUGUAGAUUAAUGCAUAGAUUUAUUUGUAAUUUGAAGAAAUAUGUAAUUGAAGUUAAUGGUAGAUAAUAUCUUAAACUGAUUAAUUCUGUAGAUCAGAAUUUGCAUGCAAUCUUGACAAGCAGAGAAAACUUAAAUAUACAUUUGAGAAAAGAAAAUAUUUUACUAUUUUAACAAAAAACAUUUUAUGCCAAACACUCACCUUCUGUGAAAUUCAAUGCAAAUGGUAAUUAUUAAAAAGAGAAAAGAACCGGCUGAAAACAAGUAAAAAUAUAUUAAAAAUAAAUACGGUGGAUUAUUAUUUUUGAAAAUCUUUGUUGAUACUUCUGUUACAAUGUUAGUUUAUAAUUGUAAAUGUUGAACACUAACCAAAUUUUUAACCUUUUGGUAUUCUAACUAUGAAGAAUUUAGUAAAAUAUGUCAUUAGUAAUCUGGUGCUUGGAACAUAAAUUAACAUGAACUUUUCAUGGGAAGUUUUAAUUUGGAUCAUUUUAAAAUGUGAAUUUUGUACUAUAGAAUUAGGGGCAGCCUCAGAUUGGAUAGUGUCAAAAGGGUUUACUGUAUUUGAUGCUAUAUAUGAUGCACUUCAAAAAAAAAUUGUUGAAAUAAGUCACCCCCGGUCCUAUAUGUGAAGCUGGAUUUAUGUUUCAUGCUUUAACCCUUUAGCAUUUAAACCAGCCAUAUCCAGCCCAAAUAUUCUACCUGUUUUAUGUUCAAGCUGGUCAGAUCUAGCCUCUCACACCAACCCUACAGUGUCAUUCCAAAAUUAGACAAUCACAUUGAAAUCUCAAAGCUAUGAAAUAAUGCUGGAUUAAUUCAAAACAAUGUGAAAAAAUAAGCAUAACAUUUGACAGAGUAAUCUGCUAAAGGGUUAAUGCACUUGAAAAUUUUUCCAGGAAAGUGCACUGCUGAAAUUGAGGUGCAUCUGAUGUACCUGUGUGUCAUUUAUGCCAUCAAAUACGAUAUGUGCAGUUGAUGAUGAUUAAUUACAUAACUGCAGUGAUUGAAAUUCUUAUGCAAUUAGCUGAAUUCUCAUUGUGGGUGAUAAACUGAGAUAUCAGUCAUGUAAUUGUUGAUGUUCUGUGAUUUUUUUUUUGUAGCUGAGUAUUGUGAAUCUUAGAUAAAAUAAAAAUCUGUCCAACAUUUUAA